AUGGUCGCCGAACACCUCACCGUACGCAACCUGACCCGGACGCCGGUCGUCCUCAAGCUGGUGGAGCGUUUCAACCCCCCCGAUGGGCCUAAGACGCUUGCCAGCACCUUCACCACCAUGGUAAACAACAUCACAGGCACCCCAGCUGAGAUCGCUGCCAUCCAGGAAGGGGCCCAGCCCUUUGCUCAUCAAGAUGUUGAUAUUCGAGUAGAACCUUUCACGGAAGCAAGCAGUGAUGUCAGGUCCUUCGAUAAAUCGGACAAGGAACGCACACGUCUCACCUUCGAGGUUGAAGGGGACCGAUACCAGAUACAGGUCCCAGUGCCUACCAAGGAGACCAUUGUCAUGAAGUGCCUCUCUCCGAAUCCACGCUUCCAAUUCACGGGUAUCUUCAACCCGGAGCACGCCCAUCUUGCCUUAUUUUCUUCCGCCAAUCUCAACUGCUGGAUGCGUGAGCUGAAGGAUGAUACCUUGACCUCUGCUCUCUCCAUACCAGGCACUCACAACUCCCCCACUUGCCACGUUGCUCCUCCAUCCGUACGCUGUCAGGCUGUUAGUCCUCGCGAACAGCUUGAUAACGGUGUCCGUUUCUUCGAUAUUCGUGCUCACCCUCAGUGGCCGAAUGAUCCAGCCAAGGACGGGCUCAUACUCGCCCAUAGCGUCUUUCCCAUCUCCCUCACUGGCCAAAAGACAUUUAGGGAUAUGCUUGGUCAAAUCGAGGAAUUCCUUGACCGUAACCCGUCCGAAACUCUGAUAAUGUCCCUCAAGCGUGAGGGUCCCGGAGAGCAUCACGACCACCAGCUGGCCAAUAUCCUCAAAACGCAUUAUACCAACGCAAACCCAUCACGUUGGUACACUGACACCAAAGUCCCCACCCUGGGCCAGGUGAGAGGUAAAAUAGUGCUUGUCCGUCGCUUUGAUAUCCCGGACCAUCUCAAGAAGGAACAUGAUGGCCGUGGCUGGGGUAUUGAUGCCACAGACUGGGCUGAUAAUACGGAUCACGCCGUCUGUUCCAGCGGGACACUAUGUAUCCAGGAUUUUUACGAGGUCCUCGAGACAGAAAACAUUGAAAAGAAGAUUGGGUUUGUUCACGCCCAGCUCGGUCGAUCCUCUGAGUGCUGCUAUCCCCUGGGCACCCACAAGCCGGAUGGUGACCACUGUCCAUACUUUGUCAACUUCCUGAGUGCCAGCAACUUCUGGAAAGUUCAGACUUGGCCUGAGAAGAUUGCGGCCAAGCUCAAUCCUGCUACUGUCGAUUAUAUCUGCCGCAGUCACAAGUCGGACAAAGGCGACUGGUCAACCGGUAUCAUUGUCAGUGACUGGGUAGGCAAAGAAGGAGACUGGGACCUAGUCAGGUGCAUCGUCGGUAUGAACGCCAAGUUGGAAAAAUAG